UCAGAUCUCUCUCUCUCUCUCUCUCUCUCUCUCUCUCUCUCAUUGGCCAGACAUGUCGUGGCUGUGAUCUACCGCAACCAAGCGGCCUUACGACGGCAUUGUAACGGUGCUCCGACCACACCUCAUCGGCGUACAAAUCCAACGGAUUAGGGUUUCCACUUCUGGAAGUGGAGUUAAAAAGUUUCUGUUCCAAAGAUGUUGGGCCGCUCGUCGCUUUACAGAUCCAGAAGCUUCCGGCCAGAGAACCUUGGGCAAAACGCCCUUGCCAUGAUUGGGAACCUCUGUUUCACGCUCUUCGUUCUAGGGGUCUUGAUUUUCACCAUCAUCGCUGCAACUUACCAGCCCGAAGAUCCUCUUUUCCACUCGUCAACCAAAAUCACUACCUUCCUCACUUCCAAAUCAAAUGCCACAUUCAAGUCUGAUGAAUCUGUCCUCAAGACAGGUGAGGAUUUCAUGGCCUCAAACCUGUCUACAUUUGCUGAAUCCAUCAUAAAAGUCACCGACGUUACCCCCGUUGUCACCAAUCCUGAUUGUGAUGCUGAGAUGGGUAGCCCAAUUGACUGUACAAACCCGGAUAUCUUCCAGUUGAUGAUGAGGGCUGCCAUAGAGCAUUUUAAGGACAUCCAUUUCUAUCGAUUUGGGAAAUCUGUUCAUGGAUCAAAUGAUAGCAGCUGCGACAUGGCAUGGCGGUUUAGACCUAAGGAAGGGAAAACUGCAUCGUUUUACAAGGACUAUCGUAGGUUUGUCAUUACUAGAUCCGAGAACUGCACUUAUACUGUUGUUGGUAUUGGGGAUUACCAUACAGGUGUGAAUGCAAGGAAAAGGAAAAAGAAUCAAAAGCCAGGAUUUGAGAAGCAGCCCGUGCCUCAAGCUAAUUUGCCUGUGGUUGGUGAAGCAGUAAAUGAUACCCUUCCGGUGAUUGCUUCCGAGGGUGCAUUUAGUAAAGGACGGUACUUGAUCUACACAGGCAGCGGGGAUAGAUGCAAGAGCAUGAAUCAUUACCUGUGGAGUUUCUUGUGUGCUUUGGGCGAAGCUCAGUAUCUGAACCGGACCUUGGUUAUGGAUUUAAAGAUCUGUUUAUCUUCGAUGUACACUUCUUCAAAUCAGGACGAGGAAGGGAAGGAUUUUCGGUUCUACUUUGAUUUUGAGCAUUUGAGAGAAUCUGCAUCAGUUUUGGACCAGAGCCAGUUUUGGUUAGAUUGGACUAAGUGGCAGAAGAAAGACAGUUUGGGUCUUUAUCUUGUGGAGGAUUUCAGGAUCACCCCGAUGAAGCUAGUUGAUGUGAAGGAUGCAUUGAUUAUGAGGAAAUUUGGGGCUGUGGAGCCGGAUAAUUAUGGGUAUAGGGUUUGUGAAGGGGAGACAGAAUCCGUCAUCCAAAGGCCAUGGCACAUGAUCUGGAAAUCCAGACGGUUGAUGGACAUAGUGUCUGCAAUUGCCGCAAGGAUGAAUUGGGACUUUGACUCUGUUCACGUUGUGAGGGGGGAGAAGGCGAAGAACACUGAGCUCUGGCCUAAUCUGGCAGCGGAUACUUCGCCAGAUGCUCUCCUUUCUACCCUGCGUGAGAAGAUUGAUGAUGGGAGGAACCUCUAUAUUGCGACCAAUGAGCCUGACACGUCCCUCUUUGACCCUUUGAAGGAUAAGUACACGACCCACUUCCUCAAGGACUUUAGCGAUCUUUGGGACGAGAACAGCGAAUGGUAUGCAGAGACAAAGCAGCUCAACAGUGGGAUCCCAGUGGAGUUUGACGGCUACAUGACGGUGGAGGUCGACACCGAAGUGUUCUUACGGGGAAAGAAGCAGAUUGAGACUUUCAACGAUCUCACACGCGACUGCAAGGACGGGAUAAACACCUGCCACCCGUCCUCUUGAGCCAUGCGUAUGAUAGUCAUGCAUUCUGCAUGCUUUCAGCUGAGGUUUGAAGUUCUGUCAUUGUUCUAUUUUCAAACACCAUGUGUACCGUAGAUCUCUUAGCAUGAUAGUGCUUUGCAACUUGUAGUUCUUCUUGGAUGUGGAUGUACUUGUAGGGAAUUCUAUUGUUGCAUUUCAGUCAGAAUCUGAAUGAGCUUUUUCUGUAGUAGUUAAUCCUGUCAGGAUUCUAUCACAUGCAAGUACUUGCUUGUAGGAAGUCUGUUGUCUUAUCUCAGUUAGAAUCAGGAUGAGCUUUUUCUGUACCAGUUAAAAGUCCUGUUAGGAUUUUAUUACAAGCCAUAAAGGUGCAUUCUUCUUGUGUUUUCAA